AUGUGGCCGGUUUCACUGCUGGAAUAAACUCGUAACGGUACGAUCUCAUCGUUGGAACUGGAACUUGCUCAACGUUCUCAACAAGAGCAUGAUCCGGAUGAUCCGCAUGUGAUUGGGUUUUUUGGGAAGCAAAUAAUUUGGUAUACACCAUCGGAUAAAAGUUUACUGAUUGCCGCAGUAGCCGUUGGCGCUCUCGUAAGUACCACAUCGUUGACGGGCAUUUCUUUAUUCGGAACUUCGUUCUGA